AUGUCCUAUCAUACUUGUGAAUUAUUUCGUGAAUCAGUGACUGGUCAAGAUGGUCAUACAUAUGAUGCAAGUCCACUAACACGUGAACCAAUGACUAUUGAUUUAUUACGACUAAAUCAUAUUGUCAAACAAAUAAUUGAUGAAUUCAAAUCAUCAUCAUCAUCAUCAUCAUCACAAAAACAUUUUUUAUUUAAACUUGACGUUGAUAUAAGAAAAGCAGAAAGACGAGCAAUCUUUCAAGUACCUACUAAAACUAUUUAUAGAACUGAAUUGAUAUCAAAACGAGAUCCUGCUGUUGUUAUACUCAAAACUGAAGGAGCUAAAGCAAAUCGUGAAGCAUCAUAUUAUGUUCAAUUUGGUUAUCAUCUUCAUAUUGUACAUAUAUAUGGUAUAGUUGAAAAUGAUUUUAAUUCUCUUAUGCUUGUACAAGAAUAUGCAACUGAAGGUGACCUUGAAGAACUUUUCAGAGAAAAUGAAUUUCGACCAUCAUAA